AUGGCCCCCACAGACGGCGCGACCGUGGCAGUGAUGACAAAAUCGACGGGGCCGGCCACAGAAGCCCACGGCAAGUUCCAGACGAGUCCCGUCACCAGCGCCGCAGAUCUCGUGACGGAGGACGACGGUCUGCGUCCCCGAGCCGGCAUCGCCGCCACCAUCAUCGCCGUGAUGGGGAUCAUGAGCUGGAGCUGGAGCUGGAGCUGGGGCUGGGGCGGAGACGAGAAGACGACGGCCGGACCGACAGGAGGCCGCCACCUCGAGACAGUGGGCACUCGCAUCGCCGGCGACAUGGCUGCGAGGCGCGCGCUUCAGAUCAAGACCGUGACCGAGAGCGCCCUCGUCAAGGUCGAAGCCCCCCCCGGCGCGGAGGGCCCCUGCCGUCCCAGGAAGCUUCAUUCGCGGCCCAACUUUGGAAACUCGGGCGCGCUGGCAGCAGCGUCCAAUUUAGUUACUCGGGCGGACGGGACGUCACUCGUGCUCAAAUACCACGAACCCCCUGAAGCUCGCAAGCCACCGUCCCGCGACCAGUGGAAGCUAUUCGUCUUCAAAGGAAGCGAGGUGGUCGACACCGUCGAGCUAAGCCCGAGGAGCUGCUGGCUGAUUGGACGGGAGAUGGCCGUUGUGGACUUGCCGGCGGAGCAUCCCAGCAUCAGCAAGCAACACGCCGUUAUCCAGUUUCGCUAUACCGAGAAGCGCAACGAAUUCGGGGACAAGACCGGUCGAGUGAAGCCCUACCUCAUCGACUUGGAAAGCGCCAACGGAACGACGCUCAAUCACGACACGGUGCCAGGUGGCAGAUAUCUCGAGCUCAGGGACAAGGACAUGAUUCAAUUCGGCCACAGCACGAGGGAAUACGUGUUGAUGCUAGCGCCUAGGGAUUAA